AUGAAAGAUUACGAGCAGGUGCCGAAGCGGACGGUGGGGAGUCUGACGCACAGCGAGCUGCGCGCCGACGGCUGGCGCAUUCUGGAGAAGCAGUUUGCGCACAAGACGAUUGUUACGAAGCCCCACGACUUGACUUACGGCUACUAUGUCACCCACGAUUUGGCGAAGAAACAGGAGAACGGCCGGGUACCGGUGCUUCUCAUGCUGCAUGGCUUUCCCGACGAUGCUUACAUGUGGGCGAGCACACUCCCCACGCUGACCGCCCUGCCUUAUCCCAUCAUCAUCCCCGAUCUCCUGGGCUAUGCGAGUUCGUCGAAACCAACGGAUCCGAAGUUAUACGCCUACACCCAGCAGGCUAGCUCGCUCAUCCAGAUCCUGGACCAAGAGGGUGUGUUGAACAACGUCAUCGUCGUCGGACACGACUGGGGCUCGGCGGUCACGCAGCGAUUCUUCCUCCUGCACAAAGAGCGAUGUGUCGGACUAGCCCCGACAUCGCUGUUCUACUUCCCGCCGUCCGAGACUGCCUUCAACCUGCCGGAGAUGAAUCGAGCGACGGAGAAGCGGUUCGGGUACCAACAGUGGGCCUAUUGGGAGUUCUUCACGGCAGCAGACGGACCGAAGUUGAUGCAUCAAAAUCUGGAGAGGCUGUACGAGGCGCUGCAUGGAGAGAAGCCGAGUGAAGAUCCGCAGGAGGAUGGGCGGGAUAUCUGGAUGAGGGAAUUGUUCUGUCUUCCGGGGACGAUGCGCGAGUAUGUGAUGAAUCGAGGGCGGUAUCAGGAUUGGCAUGUUCCGCUGAAGCCUUAUGCACAAGAUGAAGUGCUGAAAGAGCGUUGGAUACAACGGCUGCAACGAGACGGACUCGAAGCACCCAUCUGUUAUUAUGAGGCGUUGAAGCACAACAUCAACCUCGACACCGAUCGCGAACUGAUUCAAGAUCCGGAGUUCUGCACAAUCACCAAACCAUACCUUUACAUUGCCUUCACGGGCGACUGGGUGCCGCGGACGGACCUGAUUCAGGAGGCGGUCGAGCAGGGCUUGAUUACCGAUUUCGAGCGGCAUACGGUGCGCGCAGGCCAUUGGGCAUUGUAUGAGAAGCCGCAAGAGAUUGCGGAGAUUUUGGCGGAUUGGUUGAAGCGGCGAUUUCCCGUGUAA